GGGGAGGUACUUCUGGUAACAGCUCUGUCUCUCCUUCCUGGUUUCAGAGCAAUAAUAACUGCGCAACAGCCUUACUAUCGGCCAGACUUUGUCAGGCAGAGUACAUUCGUUCAGCUUUUUCUUCUACUCUAAAACAGACACAAACAUUCUACAGGAGCAGGCAGGAUGUCUGUGACCAUGACCAAGGCCGAUGGGAUCACAGUGUUCACUGUGACCUCUGACCCCCAAAGUGUUUAUCCUCCUCUGUGCCAAAUCCUCAAAAGCCUUUGCUACAGCCCUGUGUGCUGCUCUGUGUCUCAGCACCUGAGAAGAGUCCAGAGAACUUCUCAGUCAGUACUGGGGGCUCUGCACAUUAUGGUUGGGUUGCUCAACAUCGGCCUUGGAACGAUACUCAUUUGCAGUCAAACUGACAAUUGGGAUGGGCCAUUGUAUCAAACCGGAUUUCCUUUUUGGCUUGGAGGAUUGUUUAUUUUGUUUGGCACCAUUGGCAUUUUGUCUGAGAAGUACCCCAGUCCAUGUCUGGUCAUCGUCAAUGUGAUCCUGAAUCUAGCAGGAGUUGCUUUUGCCAUUACAGGCAUCGUACUCUAUAGCAUAGAUAUGGCACGCAUUUACAUGUGGUGGAUGUGUUACGACAAUAAUUACUAUUCAGGCUACAGCACACAUGACUAUGAGCACUUUAAAUCUAUACAGAACAAACAAAUGUGUUUCUUUGUGUCCAACCAGAUGCUUUUGAGAAGCAUGUAUGCUGUGCUGAUUGUCCUGUCAGCCCUGGAGCUGUGCCUUGCCAUUAGCUCUGCCGUCAUGGCGAUCAAGGAUCUAAAGAGCAAUGAGAAGGGAGAAAAGGAGAAGACUGGUGACCCAGAACUCUACAAACCACUGCUGGAGGAAGUCACCUGUAACCCCACAGUCUGAAUGAAAAUAUCUGCUUUGUGCUCUGAGUUACCAGGUAUAAUCCUGUGCAUUCAUACCAUUGAGUGUAUGUA